GGGAGGCUGCAACCACUUCUCCGACUCUUUAUUCUCCACACAUCUAACACUCGCUCUCUAGCAGGAAAAGUCACCUGGAUUCAGAUUAAAGAAAGAGAAAAAGUCACCUUUCCUCUCGUGCACUUCUCCACCCGAUGUGAAAAAGGAGCGCAGGUAAAGAAAAGAGAAGAGAAAUGGGAGCGUUCAGGAUGCUGCUGGGGAGUUUACAUUACGUGGGACUCUACAUGCAACUUAGUAUCUGCACGAGGCAAGCUGGACACGGCGAGAUAGAGAACCACAUCUCUGGGAACGCCAUGUUCACAGAGGUGCCUCACGAUAUGACGGCUCAGAGAGGACAGGACGUGGAGAUGGCGUGCUCCUUCAGAGGGGCAGGAACACCCUCAUAUUCUCUGGAGAUCCAGUGGUGGUACAUCAGAAACCACGUGGACUGGACAGACAGGCAGCCAUGGACGACCAAUGAAGUGGCUCCAGAGGAGGAAAUGCCGAAGGAUGCUACAAAGAUAAGUGUUGUGAAGGUCGUUGGAAGCAACAUCUCCCAUAAACUCCGCCUCUCCAGAGUCAAGCCCUCUGAUGAAGGCAUCUACGAAUGCCGCGUCAUCGACUUCAGCGACGACGAAGGCGCCCGCCACCACCGCGUCAGAGCCUACCUGCAGGUGGUGCCAGAGAGCGACACCAUCGACAGCACCCACAACGACAACUUCGAGGCCCUGGACGACACCAAGGGCGGAGUCACGUUCAGCGAUGGAGACAACGUGGAUUCUCACAGAGGCGUCAAAGAGCACGCUCAUGGCCAUCACCAGAACCACGGGCACCACCAGGAACAUGGCAAGAGGCCUUCUUCGCCAACUCACCACGGCCACAGCCACAGCGGCAGCAGUCAGCAGCACAAGGCGGGCAGAGAGCUGAGGAAGAGGGACGUGGACAGUAACCACAGCCACAAUGACUGCAGCAACGAGCCGAGCUGUGCACUGUAGAUUCUGGUUUCAUUACACCUGGGUGAUUGAUUACACAAGGAUUGAAUAACUUGAUGUUACAGCUUAAAAAGCUAUUCUUCCCACACAGUGUAAGCCUAUAUACAGAAUACUUAGUAAUGUGCUGUAUGGCUUCUUCUUCUGUGCAGGGAACAUAGUUUUUCUUGCUGUGUAUGGAUGGGUCGGACUGCUCACUGUCUAUAAAGCCUGGCUUCACGACAUUCAGCAAAGUGGGGCUGUUGUAGAUUUAAGGAGCUCCUCUGUUUCUGUUCUCAGCACCAAUGAAAAAGACUCUUGUCUUACUGUUAACUCCUGCUCCUCUGUACUUUAGAUACUGUAAAUGACAGCCCUGCUUUCAUGCUCAUACUUCCUCCACUGCCUUACAUUUUCAUUCGAUGCACCCUCAGACAGGAAGGAGAGGAUCUUACCUUUUGUAAAUUGGUCCAGGUAAAAGAAAACGUUCUUCUAUUCUGAGGGUGAAACAAAUGAAACUCAACUAUCAGCAGUUUUGUCCCUGUCCAGUCGGAUUAGUUUUUUAACAAAAGCACAAGCUCCAUUGCUUCUUUUAGUGUUUUUAUAUAUUGCACAUGAACAUGGUGCAAACCUGCAUGAAACUCAAAAAGUAAUUCUGUUCACUCAAAGGCAGGGUUGCUGGAAGUGCGGGUGCUGAGGGUGCUGCAGCACCCCCUAAAAUAAGCACAACAGAAACCAUUAGCUCUGAAAAAAAGCUUAAACUUAUAUCUACUAAUUUUACAGGAUAUGGACAUGUAGUAUACCAGUAAGUGCUUUUUGGUCCGUUAGUUCAUAGCUUCACGUGACAUGAUGCACUCAUGGUUCUGCCCUCUGGUGGACGAGAAAGGCUAUGCAUGAUGAAAAGUUUGACAGUCUGAGUUGUCACCUACUGUAAAUGUGUUUAACUAAGUGUUCCUCGACCCUGCUCUAACAAAGAGCCAGAUUGUUGAAAAAUUAAUUUGCAAGAGCCACAAUCUUAGUGGCGAAAAGUGGCAAACAUGGGUUAAAGUGGCAAUGAAAAUAAGUUAAAGGUGGCAAAAUGGUAAAAAAAAAAAAAA